UAGGUCCGUGCUCCACUCACAUGUCCGGUGAAUACAGACUGUGAUCACAUUUAAUUUUAAUUUUUACUGGCCAAAGCCAAACAAUUAACUAUUAAGCUAUUUAAGCUCAAAAGUCAAAAUCAAGAUCGAAUAAACUCGUAUAGGUGUCUCGUAUGUCAAAUGAAUAAGGCUAUAUAAAUAUUAAAUAAUAAUGAUCGAGCCAGAGUUGUUUAAUUUCAAACCGCCUUUAAAUAAACAUGACUAUGUACAAAAGCACUGGGAUAAAUUAUUAGCAAAUAUAGACGAGUGUGGACUUACCCAUUCUAUAUCGGUUGUUUUGCCCGACACAAUUUUCAUUCCAAAUUAUAUUGAAAACAUAUUUACUGAAAAUGGUCAAUACUAUCUAAUAAAAAAUGUUACUUUAUGCUCAUUAAUAGAUCCUGGAUUUAUCACAUCUUUUGUGAAAAAUGGAAAUGUUUACGCUAUAUCUCUGAAUACUCACAUUGAUGCUGAAGACUGUAUUUCAAUAACCAACAGAAAUUUAUUACAAAUGUCUUUAAUUCAAUCUUCCUAUCAGAAUAUGUGUCUACCAGCAAAAGACUCAAAAAUUACAUUGGAUUUAAAAGAAUUAAAAUUCAGUAGUAAAUAUUAUCAACGUAUCAAGGAGAGUUUUGAACGUUUUCAGACCAAGUUUGACAUGCUUAUUAGCUGGGAAUCCAAUAAUGAUGAUGUCUGUCCUUCGUCAAUAGCUUCAUACUUUAACAAAAAUGGAUUUGACUGUCAAGGCUGUAUUCCCCGAUCAACUACAACUAGAAAAUAUAAUAUGACCAUUCCAACAGGCAUUGAUAAUUUUGGACUUUUAGAUACUUGGUUAUCGUAUUUUUCAUUGGACAUAAAUGUCGAUGAUAGGAUACCAAGUAUUUUACCUGAUGGAAAGUUAACAAAAUCAAAUUCUCGUAAUGUUGGUCAAGUAACUCAAAUUGUCUGGACAGGGUUUUUUGAUAAUCAAAAAGUAAAGCUCUUGUUAGAAAAGUUCAAGGAAUUUCAGGAAAAGGAAGGCAAGAUAUAUUGGAUGGCCAUUCAUUUGGAACCGUUUACAAAUUCUCCAUAUCCUUACACUCAUCGUACAAUUGUAUUAAACCCUGAUAGUAAAUAUUUCAUAUCUUAUUGCACAAAAUGUAAAAAAUGUUAAAAAUUUGUUUUGAAUUAAAAAGUUUUAUAUUGUUCCAUAUAUUAUAUGGUAUAUAAAUUGUUUUGUUGAGAAUGUAUAUAUAAUAUAAUAUAUCAUAAGGUGAUA